AUGCGGUCUCUUCUCCUGAUCUUCUCCUGCCUGGUCCUCGGCACCAUUGCCCAGUCGACUGACGUGCCUGAAGAUCUCCAGGUCUUAUAUGGCCACCCGCCAGAUCCCAAUGACCCUAACUAUGUUCAUUACGAAUCACCUGCAGCGCCCCCCAGCAACUUAACCAAACGAGAAGAUGAGAUGUUCAUUCAUAUCUGCUCUGAAAUAAACUGGGGCGGCGAAUGCAAGAAUGAAAAGUUCCAACCAGAAAAAUGUAUCCCCUUCAAAGUGGGCAGCAAGUCUUCAAUGGGGCCUGACCAUGGCAUCCAAUGCAAGUUGUUCUUCAACAAGCAAUGCUUUUUCGUGCCUGCUGAAGUAUAUUCCAUGACUGAUGGUGCCAUGACGUACCCUGGAGUGGAAAAUAUCGAGACCUACUACAAGACUCUAAAUAAUCCCUUGUCCUAUAAAUGCAGAUUGUGUCCAAAGGGUGCCACAUGUGAAGAUAACAAAGGUCCCGUCUGGCGAACGUCGGUCAAAAAGCGUGGUUAUGGUCCUGGUAAAAACGGCCAAUGCACCCUAUUUGGUGACACUAGACCACAACAAACAAACUGUGUCACUAGUUUGAAUCCAAUUGUGAGAGCCAGUCCGUCUGGUUUGAAUCCAGUUGUGAGAGUGAGCCCUUCGGCCAAGUGA